UUUUCCUGCGAUUCGUCUAGUUUUCCUUCGAUAUGGCUGCUGCAGCUUCCAGUGUUGUCCUCUUGUUGUUAUCUGCAUGAAGUCUAAUUCGUUAUCUAUUGUGUUGUCUUAUUAACUGUCACAAAAUGGACGCUACUUUAGAAGGUUAUGCCAAAGAACUCAGAUCAGUGAAGCAGGAACUUAAGGAUGUUGAACAGCAAUUAGAAAGUCUUCUGUCGCAUCAGUCUCGUCUUUUUGGUCGCCGCAAAGAACUUGAGGCACUGUUACAACAGCAUGCUGCACAGAAACAGCAGCAGGCAGACACAGAAUGGGAAAGAAAAGAUUUUCCAUGGUCUGAAGAACUCCAGAAGAAGUUGCAAUCAGUGUUCAAGAUGAAUUCACUGCGGCCAAUGCAGCUACAGACUAUGAAUGCAACUUUAGCUGGAAGGGACUGUUUGCUCAUCAUGCCAACUGGUGGAGGAAAAAGUCUUUGUUUUCAGCUGCCAGCACUCCUUUCCAAGGGGAUAACACUUGUUGUCUCCCCUCUUGUAUCUCUGAUGGAAGACCAAGUCAUGGCACUCGAUCAGUUUGGUGUUGAGGCCAUUAUGCUUAACGCGGAUGCAGACAAAGCCCAGGUGAAAUAUGCCCACGAGGCUAUGACUAACCCUCGUGCUACACUUCGCCUUAUUUAUGUUACACCUGAAAAGCUAUCAAAGUCAAAGCGUUUCAUGAACCUGCUAGAAAAGAUGUAUGAAGGCGGUCGCUUCUCUCGUUUGGUGAUUGAUGAGGUGCACUGCUGUUCACAGUGGGGUCAUGAUUUUAGACCAGACUACAAAUUCUUGGGAAUAAUGAAGAGGCAGUUCCCAAAUGUACCUUUACUGGGAUUAACAGCUACUGCUACACUUAAGGUUCUAGAGGAUGUCAAAACCAUUCUCAACAUCCCUUCCUGUUUAUUGCUUCGAUCUUCCUUCAAUCGGCCUAAUCUCUAUUACCAGGUGCGACCAAAGCCAUCUUCCCAAGUAGAAACCAUGGAUGACAUUUAUGAGCUUAUUACAAAGCAGUUUCUUGGAAAAUCAGGCAUCGUCUAUUGCUUUUCACAGAAGGAUACAGAAGAGGUUACUACGGAACUGCAGAAAAGGGGCAUUCAUGCUGGUUGUUACCAUGCCAACCUCAGUGCCAAAGAACGUAGUCGUGUACAUAAAUUGUGGACUGCAGAUCAAAUUACAAGUAAACCUAGUCAUGUGCAGGUAGUUGUGGCAACAGUUGCUUUUGGAAUGGGUAUUGACAAGCCAGAUGUGCGCUUUGUUAUCCACUAUUCCUUGAGCAAAUCCAUGGAAAACUUGUAUCAAGAAAGUGGACGUGCAGGUAGAGAUGGUCAGACAUCCCUCUGCAUUUUAUACUACCGUUUUGCUGAUGUUGGGCGCCAGAGUACCAUGGUCUUUACAGAACGAACUGGGUUGGACAAUCUCUAUGGCAUUGUUGCUUACUGCAUUGACGUCUCUGGCUGUCGAAGAGUACGUAUUGCCCGACAUUUUGGAGAGCUGUGGGAUGCAGAACAGUGUGUAGCCAUGUGUGACCAUUGUGAUCCUAAAACACAGAGAGAAGUUUGCAGACGUGAUGUUACUAGGUAUUGUAAGGAAGUUGUGCGCAUCCUGGAAAAUGCUGCCUCCACUAACCAAAGAGUAACAGCUGUGAAGUUACUAGAUGCUUGGUAUGGAAAGGGAAGUGUCAGUCUGCGGGUGCGAGACAUAAAAGCCCCAGGUGUGACACGAGAAAAGGCAGAACGAAUUUUGGCUCACAUGCUGCUGGAAGGCUACUUGAGAGAGGACUUUCACUUUACUGCCUACUCCACAAUCUGCUACCUCGUGCCAGGACCAAAAGCAAAGGCGUUGACUUUGGGGACUGCCCAUGUCACCAUGGAAUUUGAAACUAAAACACUAUCUACACCUUUAGUGACACAAACACCCAGUUCCUCCAGCAGUAUGUUGUCAGUACAAGAGACACAAGCUAGCAGUUCUGACACUGUUCCUGCAAAGAAAAGCAGUUGCAACAUGAAACCUGUUGUUAUUAAUCACAAACAUUGUCCUUUGGCCUCACCUUCAUUGAAAGCAGAUAUUUCGGAUGGCGAUGCUGGCUGCAUGUCUUCCAGCUCAAGUCAAAGAAAAUUACAUCUGGUCAACAAGAAACGUAGACCAUUGAUUAAUGAUGAUGACAGUGACGAUCAAACUGAACAAGAAGUAAGGAAUAAUGAGGAUCCAGAUGACUUGCGGGAGCUUGUGUUUAGUGAUUCAGAUGUCGAGGAACCCAAGAAAAAAGUAAGCAGGACAACCGUAAAAAAGAGAAAGGAAAAAACAAUCCAGAAGAGGAGUUUGUCGUUCAAAAGAACGGAAAAGACAAAUGUGAGUGUGUGUCAGGAUGAAAGCAAGGAAACUGGCGUAUCAAAGACUAGCAUGGAGACCCCAAUAUUGGUAGAUGACAGCGACUAGAUACAAAUGUUUGAGUAAAGAGAUAUUGUCAAGAAACAGGAUUUAUCUUUAGGGGAGAUGAUUUGUUCAUAAAUGUUUGUUAGAUGAAGAUUCUUUUCUUCACCCAUGAAUUUGUUUUGACUGCAGAAAUAAAUGCAGUGGACAUAAGCAA